CAAUUUUGAAGUUUAAAUAAAUGUUUCCUUUUUUUCCCUUUAAAACGGUAUUUGAGUCUGUCAUGAGAAAGACACACUAAAAUACACAAUAGACAUAAUUCAUGCCUUAGGGUAACAUUUUUUACACCAAUUUCUUUUUAUAGGUUAAACUCCCUUUUAGUUAUUGUAGUAAAUGUGUGUAUUCUGGCAAAAAUACUUAAGAUGACAUGUUUUCUUAAAAUAGUCAAAGUAAAGACAGUGUCAGCUCAUCCUCUUAAAGGGACAGCUUGCACACAUUUUCACUCAAAAAUAGCACUUGUGCUACAACCAGGUACAAUGCAUCUCUCCUUGUUCUUAUACAAGGUUAAUGUUAACUUCUGCAUUGUCCCUGUUUAAAUAAAAUACAUUACAAUUACUAAAGCAAUAAUAAUCUCAAAUACAACAUUUUUGUGUAUCCUGAUUAUAUAGGCUCAUUCUCUAUGAUCUCUCUUCUGACACCCACUUUAACUGAUUUCUGUAAUUAUUAUCGACUUGGCUGAAACAUAUUUCCAAACCUAAUGUUAAAUAUUAUUUUAUUGCAUAUACUGGUCCAUUGACAUUCUCAAUCAUCAAUUUUGUUUGAUAUCCAGUAGUUUCUUUUGGUCAUUACCACUCGUGGCUCAACCAUAAUUCACACACACACACACACACACACACACACACACACACACACACACACACACACACACACACACACACACACACACACACGUUUUCUACAGAAAGGUAACAUACUAUAAAUCAGAAUUUCAUUUUAUGGAAUGAGAAAGAAUAGUUGAUCCUGACGCCCCAAUUUGUGAUGUCACUGCUGUUUUCAGCCAUACAGACUGUACAGAGAAAUAUGGCUCACAUUAAAAGGAAAAUACAGGAAUAAACAUGGUCAAAUAAUCUGCUUUUUACCAAUUGCAUGAUUAGAUUCAGCAAAUUGGUUGAUUAGAUUCAGCAGAUUGGUUGCUCAAAGUUUUUGUACCUCAUAUUUACACCUCAUAUUUUGGUUUCUCAUAAAGACAAGUGGGUAUUUUUGGUCAAUCAUGAAAUCCCAUGUAUAUUAGAUGGGCAUUUAAUGAAUUACCAUUAAAGGAAUAUUCCAUAUUGAUUCAAACAGCCACUCCUGGCAAUUAAAAGGGUGGGCAACUCAAAAUAAAAUGCAUACAGACUAUAUAUAAUUGAGGAAUCUGAGAGAAGUGAGGCAGCUGGUUUAUUACUUGGUAUGUUAUUAUUUUUGUCAUCUAAAAAAUAAGUGGGGCUGGCCUUUCACUGGUAUACGUUUCUGAGAAAGCAAGUUCCCAAAAGUAAAAAGCUCUGAUGGAGCUAUCAAGGCCACACAUUCAUGACUUAUUAUAUAUAUAUUCAAGAUCUUACUGUAAUGAUGACUGUUAGUGUUAACGAAAACCUGCUGACUUUUUACAUCAGCAAGUAAAUAUGUUCAGUUUUAUUUCUCACACACACUUCUGUCGAUGGAGGCUGUGCUUCAGAUUGAGUGCCCACCCAGAAAUUGAAACAUGCAAUAGAGGGAGUAGCAGCAGCCAGACUCAACUGCUCCUCAUGUGUAACUCACUAUUCUUACCCAGUGAUGCUUUCAGUGAGCAGACUGAUAAUAGGACAGGAGAGGAGUGUAGGGGGUCAAUUGGAAACAGCUUCAGUGUAACAGGAACAGGAAGUGGUGAACAGAGCGAGCUACCCGGUAAAACAUGAGGCUUGUCUGUUCCUCUCUCUUGACACUGCCGGUACAUCAUCUCAGCCUUUCCAAAUAUAGAUUAAUCAGGCUUUGCCAUGUAUUUAACUUAAAUCUGGAGGGAAUAUCUUCAGCUCCGUCCUGCCUGGCACCUGUUUGAUUAUUUGAAGGCGAAAUGACACAAAACGGUGCUGCUGGGACUGCUAAUGGUACCACAAAAAAGGGAGAGGAACUUAAAAUUGUGAUAGUGGGAGAUGGAGGCUGCGGGAAAACAUCUCUUCUGAUGGUUUAUGCUAAAGGUGACUUUCCAGAGAAAUAUGCGCCAUCAGUGUUCGAAAAAUAUGUCACCACUAUCUCUCUUGGAGGAAAAGAGAUAAAGCUCAACCUGUAUGACACAGCUGGACAGGAUGACUAUGACAGACUGCGUCCGCUUUCAUACCAAGACGCCGAUCUGAUUUUAGUCUGCUUUGAUGUCACCAACCCCACCAGCUACGAGAAUGUCAUGAUAAAGUGGCACCCAGAGGUGAAGCACUUCUGUCGGGACACUCCGGUCAUCCUGAUUGGCUGCAAGACUGACCUCAGGAAGGAUAAAGAGUGUGCAAGGAAGCUCAAGGCCAUGAAUCAGGCUCCCAUCACAUACACACAGGGUGAAGAGACACGGCAGCAGAUGAAUGCAGAGCUCUACCUCGAGUGUUCGGCGAAGUAUCAGGAGAACGUGGAAGACAUUUUCAGGGAGACCACCGUAAGAACUUUGGCCUUCAAUCGAAAGAAAAGGAAUUACAAGAGGAAGAAGAAAUGUGUUGUUUUGUGAAGUCAAAACAACAGAUUCUUGAGGACUCCACGGGCUAGAUUUUUUUGAAAACCACUCAUUCACAUUAAAAGUGGUUGGACAUUUGGAGACUUAAGAUGCUUGGUGUCCUAGACAGAUGUGGAAGCAGCUGUAUGACCACUGGUUCAGACAUAAGUCUGGGCCUCACUGACUCAUCAGCCCUUUACUGAAGAAAACGACGUAACAGGAAAGACAAUUUUGGAAGAAGCGACAGAGCGGUAUGCUACUUGAAAAGCCUUCUGUGAAUGUAUUUUUACUUUUCUAUGAGACAUGUUUUUUGUAUUUUUAUAUAUUUUUCUGACAGAAGCUUUGUACUGUUUCCAAACCUGUUUUAUUGAAAUGUAUAGCCAUCUGUUGGAGGAAUUUGAACACUUAGUUCUUGUGUUGUCAGAUUUUUCCACAGGUUUUGUAAUGCCAAUCGAUUUCAAAUGUCUGAAUCUUGUUUAAAAGCUGCUGGUAGAUAACAAUUCCCAGACAGAAUAGCUGGUGUAAUUCAAUGUAUCACGGCACAGUAGCUUUAACAGCCUUGAAAGAAAAAAAAAAGUGAUCACCACCCAAGAGUAUUAGCUCAUGUCCAGUAAAAAAAACAGUGAACUAGAAUUUGUUUUGGAGCGGUGUCAAUUUAAAGCAGGAAUCUUACCUUUACCAGCAGCGCCCACUAGUGUUGGAAAUACUGAAUGUGUGGUAUGGCUGCACAGUUAUGGGAUUUCCACAAUUCCCACACAGUAAGGAAGGAACACUGAAAUAAAUUAAAUUACUUUUUAUCCCAUUGCACAAGAAACACAGAAAUAGCAAAACAAUUUAAUUAGGUGUUUAAUAUAUAUUUUUUACAACAAUGUACACAGAUUGAGAAAUUGUUAACUGUCUUGUUACUGAUCUCAGGCACCAGUUAGUCUUGAAAUGAAUGAUGAAAACAUUGUUUCACAUUAGCUACAUCGUAAAAAUGAAGAAAUCAAGUUUUUUUUGUGCAUUCUGGCAGCUCUCUCGCAUCAAAUGUAACAUUUUGGUCAGUAACUCAACAUGCUUUAAUGUUCCCUCAAUAAAAGUGAUACAUAAA